AUGCCUGUGCCCUUGCUGCAAGAGAAGAUCUCUGAUUCCUCUACAACCACCAUCAUGAAACCUCUUUCUAUGGACCUGCAGAAUAAAAGAGAGAAGCUGAAGGACCUGGCCCUCCACUUAGUAGACGACAUCCGCCCCGAAAUGAAAGAAGACAUCUAUGACCCCACCUACCAGGAUGAGGUGGGCCCCGCACCGAAGCUUGAGUAUGUGUGGAGAAACAUCAUCCUCAUGGCUCUGCUGCACCUGGGAGCCCUGUAUGGGAUCACCCUGGCUCCUGGCUGCAAGGCCUACACCUGGCUCUGGGCUUUUCUGUGCUAUGUAGUCAGUAUCCUGGGCAUCACAGCAGGGGCUCAUCGCCUGUGGAGCCACCGGACCUACAAAGCACGGCUGCCUCUGAGGCUCUUCCUCAUCAUUGCCAACUCCAUGGCAUUCCAGAAUGACGUGUAUGAAUGGGCCCGAGAUCAUCGUGUGCACCACAAGUUCACAGAGACUCAUGCUGAUCCUCACAAUUCUCGCCGUGGCUUUUUCUUCUGUCACGUGGGUUGGCUGUUGGUGCGCAAACAGCAAGCUGUCAAAGAGAAGGGUGGUUUGCUGGACCUGUCUGACCUCAAAGCUGAGAAACUGCUGAUGUUCCAGAGGAGGUACUACAGCCCCAGUGUCCUGUUAAUGUGCUUCAUCCUGCCCACAUUAGUGCCCUGGUACUGUUGGGGUGAAACUUUUCGACACAGCUUGUAUGUUACUUUCCUGAGAUACGCUGUAGUGCUUAAUGUGACUUGGCUUGUGAACAGCGUUGCUCACCUCUAUGGAUAUCGUCCUUAUGACAAGAACAUUGAGGGCCGUGAAAAUGUCCUGAUUUCACUGGGAACUCUGGGUGAAGGCUUCCAUAACUACCACCACAUCUUCCCCUAUGACUACUCUGCCAGUGAGUACCACUGGAGCUUCAACUUCACCACAUUCUUCAUUGACUGCAUGGCUGCCAUUGGGUUGGCUUAUGACCUGAAGAAAGUACCCAAGGCCUCCAUCUUGGCCAGGAUUAAGAGAACUGGAGAUGGAAGCUAUAAGAGUGGCUGCGGUGCCUUUCCAAACUCUUCCAUCGUCAGAGUGUGGAUCUGUGCAGGGGAAACUCCCAUGCAGAAAGAGGAAACUUGCUUACCUAGCCAGUAUCUGCAAAUCACAAUGUGGUGGAAUGAGGAAGCCCACUGCCAAGCUUUAAGAAAUCAGCAUGUCCAUACCCUCUCCUCAUACAAAUCGGGGCUGAUUGACUUAGGUGGCCAGGAGCUUGGCGAGGAGAGGAUAAACAGGUCUGAAGGAAUGAAUGCAGUUGUCCCUUUGAACUGCCACAUGAAGAAGGCCAUGGAAAAACAAAGCAUUCCAAAAGAGCAGCUCUGGGCCAAGAUGGCAUUUCAAAUCCAGAACCUAUGA